UCCAUUUACAUAAUACGAGAGCCCACAUACAAGAACAAUGAGAUGAUGGGGAGGCAUUCCGCAAAGUGGCAUUUUCGUCGCGCAAAACGCCAGUUGAUUCAAUAAUUUGAGAUUGUUCGAUCGAACAACGAACACGUCCACCUCGCCAGCGAGUUUCCCGGUGAUUUGUGAGAUUUUCGAUUGCGUAAAAUGAGUCAAGUAUUCGAAGGUUACGAACGCCAAUACUGUGAGCUGUCUGCUAAUUUAUCAAAGAAGAUCACAUCAGCUACUCUCCUUGAUGGAGAACACAAGAAACAAAAAGUCUCUGACAUAAAAGGCGGAUUGGAGGAUGCUGAAGCACUGAUUCGUAAAAUGGACCUUGAGGCUAGGAGCUUGCCUCCCAGUGUGAAGGCUACCCUUCUUGUCAAGUUGAGAGAAUAUAAAACUGAUCUGAACAAUUUGAAAACUGAAGUGAAGAGAAUCACAUCUUCUAAUGCCAACCAUGCUGCAAGGGAUGAUUUGUUGGAAUCGGGAAUGGCAGAUACGCAGAUGGCAUCUGCUGAUCAAAGAGGAAGGUUACUCAUGUCAACUGAGAGAUUAAAUCAAUCUAGUGACAAGAUCAGGGAAAGUCGAAGAACGAUGCUGGAAACUGAAGAGCUUGGAGUUUCAAUUCUUCAAGAUUUGAGCCAGCAACGUCAAUCUCUUCUACAUGCACAUAAUUCACUUCAUGGAGUGGAUGACAACAUCAGCAAGAGCAAGAAAAUUCUUACUAAUAUGUCCAGAAGGAUGAGCAGGAACAAAUGGAUCAUUGGUUCUAUCAUUGCAGUCUUAGUCAUAGCAAUUAUUUUGAUUCUUUACUUCAAGCUUACCCAUUAACUUGUUGGCCUGAAUAUUUGGGAUCCUGCGCAUUGCAUUUUUUGUGAGGAUAAGUGUGAAUGUUUUCAGGUAAUUUGGUCUAUGUACUACUUGUGCUCAAGUUCCUGACCUUGUGCACGGGCUUCUUCAUUUGUGUUCCUCAAUUUCUUGUACUGGUUGGUAAUGCUACAUUUUCCAUUGUGUUUGUGUGUAUCACGUUUCACUUUAAAUGUUACAUGGUUGUCGAUUUGGCAUUCUUGUCUAA